AUCUAUAUUCGUUCCACGAACUUCCAAUUAUGGUUGGUUAUCAAAAACAGGGAAGAGGUGCCGAUGAAGAAAGUCGGAGACAAGUUGAUCCCCAAGACCGAAGACGAGUUUGAUGCCGAGGACAUCAAAAAGGUCAAGAAUUAUGCAAAGGCAAUAAAUAUGCUUUAUUGUGCCGUAAAUCCUGAUGACUACCGCAAGAUCUCCUGCUGCUCAACCGCCAAGGAGAUGUGGGACAAACUUGAGGUGACGUACGAAGGAACGGACCAAGUACGUGAAGCCAAGAUUGACUUCCUCACCCAAGAAUAUGAGAUGUUCACGAUGAAGGAGCACGAGAAGAUCGACGACAUGUUUGACCGUUUUUCCAAGAUAGUCAAUGACCUCCAUGCAUUAAAGAAGACAUACACCGACAGGGAUCUUGUGCGAAAGAUCCUACAGAGCUUGACAUCCGAAUGGCGAUCCAAGGCCGAUGACAUCUAUGAAUCAAUCAGCACAUCAAAUGUCACCAUCGACAGCCUAAGAGGUAAUCUAAAAACCUAUGAAUCUACUAUUCUUAACCCGUCUUUAAAUGACCAAAGGAAAGGGAUAGCAUUAAAAGCCGUCAAAGAAUCAACGAUGGAUGAUUCAAGCGACGAUGAUGAAAUCAAGCUUGUCAUGAAGAAGUUUUGUAAACUUCUAAGGAAGAAAGAAAAGGUUGAGAAUGGCCCUGUGUGCUAUGGAUGUGGUGAAGCCGGGCACAUCAAGAACGAAUGCCCGAAAAGCAGAAGGAAUUCUCGGCACUUCAAAAGGCAAAGGGCAUAUAUCUCUUGGGGUGGCGACUCCGGCGACGAGUCAACCGAUCAAGACGAGGAUGAAACUGCCAACCUCUGUCUCAUGGCGCACGAAGACCAAACCGACGAUGUACAAGAG